AUGAACAUGUCAGAGUGCAGCCUGACAAAAAUAGUCAACGCUUCAAUCAUGCUGCAAAGAGAGGCUCAUGUCAACGGCACCUUUCAGAUUGACCCACCAAUGCAUUACAUGAUACAAGAAUGGAUAAUUUACCCAUCCUAUUCGGAAAUGCACAUGUUUCUUAUACCAACAAUCUCUUGCUGUGUGAUAGCACUCUUCUUUACUCCUUCUAUAGUCUUCUCUAUUUACUCCAACAUCAGUAUGCGCAAGGAAACAAGGUUCUUACUACUGGGAAAUAUAGUACUUUACGACUUAAUAUACCUCAUGUUAUAUACAGUUACUGCGAUAUGCAAUGUGAUGGACCGGAAGAUCCCUAAAUAUGUAUGUAUCCUUUUUCUCUACUUUUUGGCUGUUACCUACUGGGGAGGAGUUCUCACCACAGCAUCAAUGGUGGUAGACACUUACUUAGCAGUUUUAUGGCCUCUUCACUAUAUAUUGAUACUUCCUGCAAAGAAAACAAAGAAAUUGUUAAUCCUGCUUUGGUUUUCAUCAUUUUUCUUCCCUGCAGUCGUCUUUUUAGCCUUGUUUUUUACACAAAAACCUGGACCAUGUCCCCUUGAACAAUGUUCCUUACCGGUGAUCUUACUCAUGGCAUUACAUGGAGAUGAUGCAUUGAAACUUUGCUAUAUGCUCUUUGUAAUUGUUUUUCUAUUGCUUUUCUCUUUAAUUUUUUGCUGUUAUAUUGUUAUAUACUAUAAAACAAGGGAAACAGGAAUCUGGAAAAGCCCGUCUUCGAGAGCCAGUAUAACUUUUUUAUUGCAUCACACCAUGUUGUUCUUUUAUUUGAGCCCACUUCUCUUACUGCUUUCGGAGUCAUUGCUCUAUAUGGGUAAAGUCAUUGGCUUAAGAACAGGAUUAUGGAUAACACUGACAAUCUGCAAUGUAUUGCUUGUCCUGCCUAAAGCUGCAUCACCUUGUUUGUAUGGUCUUCGAUAUAGGGAGAUAUAUAAGUCACUGAGCCUCUUUUUAAGACUGAGGAAACAUAGACAUGUUGCACCUGUUACAUCACAUAGGUAA